AUGAGUUUUGUUUUUAGUAAUUCUGCUACAUUAAUAAGAACAACUACAAACUCACUGGAAGUCACUGGAAGUUGGAUUUGGAAGAGUCUUCUGAAGUCUCGUGAAGUAGCACGACCCCAUCUUGUUUGCAAGGUUAACUCUGGAUCAAAAGCUCUGUUUUGGCAUGAUAAUUGGACAGAUUUGGGACCCUUGAUUGAGUUAACAGGGGCAAACGGACCGAGGGUAACAGGCAUUAAUCGGAUGGCAACGGUCAACCAAGCGUGUAAUAACUCGGCUUGGCUCAUCUCAGGUGGAAGGCACCCGAUUCUCAGGCUUCUUCGUGAUGUCCUCCCAAUCAAUCUUCCUACUUCCUUGAACUCUCUACAAGAUGUCUUUCGAUGGAAAAGCUCUCCCACAGCUGAUCCGGGGGACUUCUCAUCUACAAAAACUUGGGAUUUCCUUCACCCAACUGGCCCACCUCUUAUUUGGACGAAGCCGGUUUGGUUCAAGGAAAGAAUUCCUAGACAUACUUUUAUCUUGUGGUUAGUUAUAAAAGAUCGACUGGUCACUCGUGACAGAUUAAGGUCUUGGGGUCUUGACGUGCCUUCUUCUUGUCUUCUCUGUGACUCGGCUCCGGAAACUAAACACCAUCUCCUCAAUGAUUGUGCUUAUUCAAAGGAGAUUUGGACUGUUUUCUUCCGUCGCUCAGGUUUGUCACUCCCUUCUUCGAUUGAGGACAUUGUUACUUGGUCAAAUUCGCCUUCCCCUGUGAAGAAGGUGAACACAAUAUGUAAGAUUUUUGUUCAGGCGAUUGUUUAUUGCCUUUGGAGGGAGCGAAACUCGAGACUCCACACCCCUCGUUCAAAACCGGUCCAUGUCUUGACCAAGGAAAUUCAAACCAUCCUUCGAGCUAAGCUUUUUAGUCUUGAUCGUUCCUCUAUCACUGCCGUCGCCCAUCGGUCUUCUCUUGAUAGUGAAAAUUCCUUUCUUCACACCUCGUUCUCUCUCUUUCAUGUGUAA